AUGUCCGCUGUCGUGCACGGCAGACCUCACGAAGGGGGCGACCGCAGAGAUGCAGUGCAGUCGUCGCGAUGGUGGCAGAGCUCGAAGGAGGCGAAUCAGCCGGAGCUCGUGGAUGGUGCAGAGCUUGCCAGAAAGCUCAUCGCAAGCCGGUGUCCUGAAGCUCUGUCCAGCUUCAAGGUUUUCACAUGCGUGGGUGGUCCUCUUCGUCCUCAGUCCAGGUCAGUGUCAUUCCACCGGGCUGGGCCGUCGGAGGAGGUCGGCAGAGUGAUGUCCAGCGUGGAUGAUUGCAUCCAGUACAUUGCCAAGGAGCACCGAGUGUCUGCUCGUCGGGUUGUUCUAUUCACGGCUUCGAAAGAGCUGGCUCGAGACGGAGCCGAUGAGAGCUGGACGGCCAUUCAUGUUCCGAGUUCUACCGAAGGCUUCCGCUUCGAUGACAUACAGCUCCCAAACGACGGCGAGUCAGGUUGGUUCGAGCUGCCAGAGAUCAUCUUCAACAAGGUGCGUCGCUCCGACACAGCAGCCUUACCCCCGGCGCUUGUUUCUCUGUCGCCGUUCCUGGAUAUUCGCUAG